ACCAAGUGGAAACACAUGGCACCCUCCUUGACUUUCCUUUUCAUACGUUGGUGGCGUACUUCAUCGAUUGCAUCAUCUGAGGUACAAAUAGAUGAUAACUGUCCGUGUCAAGUUAACUACCCAAACCGCAACCGUACACAUAGCGCAAGGGGGAAUUGCGGGGAUCGAAAAAACAGCGAAGCAAAAAUGUCAGGAGGAGCAGCAGGGACUGCGAACAAUUUACUGAAGAUUUUGUGUAUCCAUGGCUACAGGCAGAAUGCAAAAGCCUUUCGUGAAAAAACCGGCUCACUUAGAAAAGCUUUAAAAAAGCAGGCUGAAUUUGUGUACAUUGAUGCUCCAAAUGCAAUAUCUUCAACAGACAAUGAUGAAAAUGUUGAUCAGCUAGGCUGGUGGUUUUCUAAGCCUAAUCAAUGCUUUAAUGCUCGGGAAGAUAGUACAUUUUGUGAAGGAUAUGAAGAGUCUGUGCAGGUGGUAGUGGAUGCAGUCAAAGAGCAUGGUCCCUUUGAUGGAAUUCUAGGAUUCAGCCAAGGUGCGUCUAUGGUCUCCUUUAUAUGUUCAUUACAAUGUAAAGGAGAUUCAAGAUUUAGUUUUGAUUUCGCCAUUCUAGUUGCUGGUUUUAAAAGUCUUAAUAGUAUGCAUGAUUCACUGUACGAUCAACCUAUUACCAUUCCAACAUUACAUGUAUUUGGUGACACCGAUAAUGUUAUACCCAAAGAAAUGAGUGAACAAUUACUGAAAUAUUUUGUUGAACCACAAACUCUCGGACAUUCUGGAGGUCACUUUGUACCUGCCUCAUCACCUCAAAAGAAAGUUUAUGUGGAAUUUCUCAGUCCUUAUGUAGAGAGGAAGCUUAAGAAUUCGUGAUAGGAAUCACAACCUUAUUGUUUUAUAUUUACAAAAGAGUUUGUAAUGGUAAACAAUUCUAAAGAUAGGUGAUAGAUUAAAAAAAAAUUUAUAAUUUGAUGUGUUAAAUCCACUCGGCAAGUGUAAGAAUAAUUAGCCAAACUCAAUUCGAGAAUAAAACAAAUUUAUAACUUUCCUUCACAACUCACUCCAGGAUACUCCAGCCUUUGGAUCAACUGUUGAUGUAUUAGGUUGUGUGCAUAGAAAUCUGAUAUAAUAAUGCGGCAGAAUUUUACGGCUGACAUAUCAAAUUAUCCCUCAUACUCUAUAUCUACCCUGGCUGCAGUUUGGGAUGGUGAAUUAAUUAUUCCAAGACCUUACCUCAAUUCCACUGAAUGUUGUUUAAAUUGCUUCAAAAACACAUUUUAUGAUCAAAUCCAGGAGCAAAUGUAAAUGUAAAUCUAGACCUGCUUCUUAUUCUAGUGAGUUUAAUAAUUAGUAUUUUUAAUUAAUAUUUUGUUUUGCUUUAAAUUUACUUUGAUAAUGUUGUUCUUCUCUUGAUUUGUUCACCUGUAUAAUAAAAUAAAUAUUUUUAAAGGAUUUGUACAGUA